CGCGAUGGCAGAUGGCGACCAGAUGGCGACGGCGGCGCAUCGUGGACGUCAAGCGGCGUCUGAAACCCUGGGACAACCUUGGCUGCGCUGGAUUCAAACAUUCGCGACCUCGCACGGGAUCCUGGCCAGUGAAGUCGAGUUGGCACAGCAAUGCGAUGGCCGCGUGGGCAGGUGCUGCAUCUCUGUCCUUGCUAAAGGCUGGGUGUGUGGGCGAAGAUAGAGGUGACAACAAGUAAAGCGUCGCUUCUCCCUC